ACCCCCGGGUCCCCCCGGGACCCCCCGGCCAUGGAGGCGAACGUCAGCGACGAGAGCGGCCCCUUCCCCUCCUACCCCUUCGAUUUCCUGGAUUUCCUCACGCACCAGCGGCCGGAGCCGCCCGAGCCCCCGGAGCCCCCGGGGAAGGCGCUGCCGCUGCCCCCGGGCCCCUUCGAGUACCCGCCGCCCUUGGAGCGCGGGGCCCUCCCCAAGCACAAACCCGAGCCCCCCGCGGCUCCCCCUUCCUCCUCCUCCUCCUCCUCCUCCUCCUCCUCGCACCCCAAGAAACCCGAGGGUUCCCUGGGGGCGGCUCCGUUCCCGGCUCCGCAGCCGCUGCUGGAGGCGGGGGCCGCGUUCCCCGGCCCGCCCUGGGGGCUGCUGGAGCUGCCGGGGCCGCAGCCGCUGCUCGGGGGCCUCAAGCGGGGCCCGGAGGGCGGCGAGGAGCGGAGCUACUUCAGGCGCCUCAAGUACCUGGUGGAGCGGCGCUUCCCGUGCGCCGCCUGCCCCAAGGCGUUCCGCCAGGCCUCGCACCUGGUGCAGCACAUGCAGGUGCACGGGGGGAGCCUCCCGGAACCGCGAACCGAACCGCGAACCGAGCCCCGCACCGAGCCCCGGCCCUACGAGUGCCGCACCUGCGGCCGCGCCUACAGCCACGGCUCCAGCCUGCUCCGGCACCGCCGCUGCCACCGGGCUGCCGACAGCGAGCCGGUACCGGUACCGAUACCGGUACCUGCCCCGGUACCUGUCCCUGUACCUGCUCCGGUACCGGCCCCGCCGCGCCCCGGGGCUCCCGCCCUGCCCAACGGGCUCAGCGCGGCCCCCGGAGCCGUGCCCGGAGCCGUGCCCGGUGCCGUGCCCGGUGCCGUGCCCGGUGCUCUGCCCGGUGCUCUGCCCGGUGCUCUCCCCGGUGCUCUGACCGUGCCGGUGAACGCCGCGCCCGGAGCGGUCAGCGCGGUGCUCGGCGGGGUGGCCGGAGCGGUCAGCGGGGUCAGCGGAGUGACCGGAGGGGUCGGAGCGGUCAGCGGGGUCAGUGCGGUGACCGGAGGGGUCAGUGGAGUGGCCGGAGGGGUCAGCGGGGUCAGUGGCGUGGCCGGAGGGGUCAGUGGCGUGGCCGGAGCGGUCAGCGGGGUCAGCGCGGUUCCUGGAGGGGUCACCGGGGUGGCCGGAGGGGUCACCGGGGUGCUCAGCGUUAACGCGGUCACCAACGUCGCGCCCGGCGGGGCCAGCCCGGUACCCGGCAGGGUCAGCGCCCUGCGCGGCUCCGGUGCGGGGCCCGGCGGGGUCGGUACCGGGCACGGUGGGGUCGGUACCGGGCCCGGCGGGGUCGGUGCGGGGCACGGUGGGGUCGGUACGGGGCACGGUGGGGUCGGUACGGGGCCCGGUGCGGUCUCUGCGGCUCCCGGUGCGGUCGGUGCCGCUCCCGGUGCGGUCGUUACAGCUCCCGGUGCGGUCGGUGCCGCUCCCGGCGCGGUCUCUGCGGCUCCGGCCGGGACGGGCGCGGCCCCCGCGGUCUCCGCCGUGCCCAACGGCGUGGGCGCUCUGUCCGGCGGGGUGAACCUGGUGUCGCCGGCCGUGACGGUGGCCGUGCCCAACGGGGUGAUCCCGGUGCCCAGCGGGGUGAUCCUGGCCCCGGGCGGGGUCCCGCUGGCUCCGGUGGGGGUCCCGCUGGCGCCGGGGGCGGCGGGCGCCGAGGGCCCGUUCAGCUGCCCGCUGUGCUGGAAGGUGUUCAAGAAGCCGAGCCACCUGGCGCAGCACCAGAUCAUCCACACGGGCGAGAAGCCCUUCACCUGCGGCGCCUGCGGCCGCGCCUUCAACCGCCGCGAGAGCCUCACCCGCCACGUCAAGACCCACGCGGGGGCCGCGCGGGUGCCGUGCCCGGUGUGCGGGAAGGAGUUCCGCGACCCGGCCUACCUGCUCCGCCACCAGCUGAGCCACGGGGCGCCGCGCCCCGCGCACCGCUGCGACAUCUGCGGCAAAGCCUACGCCGCGCCCCAGAGCCUGCUGCGACACCGCCGCGCCCACGCCGGCGACACCGCCGCCAAUGCCGCCGCCAAUGCCGCCACCAAUGCCACCAAUGCCACCACCGCCGCCAGGAGCGUCCCGGGAGCCGGCGGGCGCAGCUUCGGGUGCGGGGUGUGCGGCCGCGCCUUCGGGCGGCGGGAGACGCUGCGGCGGCACGAGCGCAUCCACACCGGGGAGAAGCCGCACGAGUGCGGGGUGUGCGGGAAGCGCUUCCGCGAGUCCUUCCACCUGCGCAAGCACCGCGUGGUGCACACCCGGGAGCGGCCCUACCGCUGCGAGCUCUGCGGAAAGACCUUCGGCUACCCGCAGAGCCUGACGCGGCACCGGCAGGUUCACCGCCCGCCCGCCGCGCCCCCCGAGCCCGCCGCGCCCGCGCUGGGCUGCGGCUCCUGCGGGCAGCGCUUCCCGGAGCUGCUGCGGGCCCCGCCGGGCCCCGCCGAGCGCCCGCACGGCUGCGACUCCUGCGGGCAGGUGCUGGGCUUCCUGGAGAACCUGGUGUGGCACCGCCUGGUGCACCCGCCCGCGCCCGAGCGAGCCGUGCCCGCGGCCCCCGGGGAGGCGGGCGGCACCGCCCGAGGAGCCCCCGGCGGCGCCAGCGCCGAGCGCUUCACCUGCGGCACCUGCGGGCAGAGCUUCAAGCGCUUCCUGGCGCUGGUCACACACAAGUACGUGCACCUGGCCGGAGCGCGGCCCCCGGCGUGCGGAGCCUGCGGGCAGCGCUGCUCCGGGGCCUACGAGCUGCUGCUGCACCGGCGGCGGCACCUGCGGCAGCGCCCGUCGCUCUGCGCCGCCUGCGGCCGCCGCUUCUGGGCGGCCGCGCUGCUGCGGCGGCACCGGCGCUGCUGCCCCCGCCCCGGCGCCGCCCCGUUCCGCUGCCGGACCUGCGGCCGCGCCUUCCUGCGGGCCUGGGCGCUGCGGCAGCACCGGGCCGGCCACGCCGGGGAGCGCCCGCUGCGCUGCCCGCUGUGCGCCAAGCGCUGCUCCCACCCCGCCGGGCUGGCCGAGCACCAGCGCCGGCACGCCCGGGCCCGCCCGCGCCGCUGCCGCACCUGCGGGAAGACGUUCCGGUUCCGCUCCAACCUCCUGGAGCACCGGCGCGGCCACCUGGGCGAGGACGUGUACCGCUGCGAGCGCUGCGGGAAGAGCUUCUUCUACCUGGGCUCCAUCGCGCGGCACCUGCGGGAGCACGAGCGGAGCCGCCGCCGCCGCCGCCGCCGCCGCUGCCCCCGCUGCCGCCGCCGCUUCGCCCGCCCCGCGCUGCUCCGGCGGCACCUGCGGGAGCGCGGCUGCACCGGGGCGGCGGCGGCGGCGGCCGGAGCGGGGCCCUGAGGGAGCGGAGCGCGAUGGACGCUCGGACAGGUGGACGCUCGGACAGGCGG